AUGGCGCCGCAUGCAAUCUUGAGCCGUUCUGCAGCCAAAAUAUAUACCGACGAGAGCACUGAGACCGGACCUCACCAGUUCGCCAUGAAGGUCCCCGCGUCCCUCGUCUGCUCGAUGCUCGCGGGCAUGGCAGCUGCGCAUCUUGACACGAGAAGCGCCGUCUCUAGCAACGUGGAAGUCAUCUCCGUGGAUCGCAUGAAGCGCGGAUGUCAGGUCUCCGACGAAGGCAGUAUCUACGAGCGAGCGAGCCUCGCUCCCAGACAAGUGCAGGACUCCUCCGCCUUCCCACCCAACAUGACCGUGGCGGUCAACUUCCACAUCGCCAGCACCGAGCGCGACGCCGGCCUCGUCACGGACGAGAUCGUCGACGCCCAGUUCGCCGUCCUCCACUCCGCCUUCGCCCGGUACAACAUCACGCUCCAGCUGAACUCCACGUCCCGCGUGGUCGACAACCGCACCGGCUCCGCCUUCCUGAUCAACGAGGCCGAGUCCACCGGCGGCUUCAACUACACCUUCUACGCCGACGAGCGCAACGCCUACCUCGCCGCCUCCCGCCGCGGCGGCUACGACGCCCUGAACCUCUACUUCUUCUCCAACUUCGGACCCGGCGCCACCGGGGUCUGCCAGUGGCCCUCCCGGGACCCCCCGAGCCCGGAGACCUUCAGCACCGAUGGCUGCCUCCUCAACGCGGAGACCAUGCCGGGCUUGCCGCCCGAGCGGGCCUUUCCGGAGUACGACCAGGGACUCGUCGCCGUGCAUGAGGCGGGCCAUUGGUUCGGCCUCAACCAUACCUUCACCGGGGGCUGUACUCAGAUCGAGGGCAUUCCUGCGAUGGGCGAUUUCGUGGACGAUACGCCGGCGCAGAGUGAGCAGCGGCUGCGGCUCCAAAAACAGCCAGACCUAGGUAGCUACAAAGUUCUCGAUACUGCUACACCGAUGUCCCUACGAGCCGCAGAGCGCCAAGCACAUGCAGACCUCCAAGCGCGAAAAAAUAGAACACAGCACAACAUUCCGCAAUCGAAGUCUCGGAGCACACGUACCGGUACCCUUGCUCGGCGGCAAAGCACCGAGGACGAACGGCUCCUUUGCUGCACGGGCUUCUCGCAGGUCGCCCGCCGCCUACUAGACGCAUAUUUCCUCGGUAUACAGCCUGCUUCCACAACUCACUCCCGUGAAACACCUUCUCUCCGAUCUGGAAGAUCGAGCAAGUGCAGCGAAGCACACGUUCCUGGUGCAGCAGGCCAGCCAGCCAAGUCGUAUAGAAUGAACCCCGGGACGAGCGUCCGAUUCAUUCGACAUGCGGUGGUGCGCGGUUGUGGUACCGACCUCGGUGCUGCGUUGCGGAGAUUUUGA